CUACGUCAUCCACCAGCAGCAGCUCGGCUCUCAGCUCAGUUUAGCUCAGCUCAGUCCCGUUCAUCAGCUUUCUAGUCAACAUCAGAGCGAUCUGUCGAUCUAACUCUUCAGAAGCGAGGCUCAGAAGUUUUGGCGGUUAGCUAGAUUAGUGUUGUCUUCUUCGUGUGGAUCUUCAUCCGCAAACUCCUUUUAACGUCAACUUCUAGCUAACCUAAGCUGGGUUAACUAACCAGUUGCCUGUGGAACGUCUGGGAAGAAGAAGCAGCAGCAGCAGCUGAAGCUGAAGAAGCUCCACACAGAUCAGCUGAUCUGAUCUGUGUUUUUUUAUUAUUGUUUUAUUUCGGAUUUAUAGACAGACAGAGAGAGGAGAGAGAUGGUGCUGUGAUGGUGCAAUGGUAAGGGUAGAGAUGGUGAGGGCAGCUUGCAGCUGGAGACAUGCGUCUGUGUUUGGACUGGGUGUCCCCCUGAUACUUCUGUUGCUGCUGCAUCAGCCCAGACUGUGUUAAAGGAGCUUUCCUUUUAUUAUUCUAGUUCUAGCUCUAGCUAGCUGCCUGCCUGACCAGUGUUUGCUGGGUUGGAGCAGGGGUUUGGUUGGGAUGGUCCAGAAGGGUCUGCUGCUGCUGCUGCUGCUGCAGUUGUCUGGCCCUGCUAGUUAGUAGGAGCAGUCAGUGUCCCUCAGGCUCUUUUGGUAGGUAACCUGGCUUAGGUUAGCUAGCUUGGAUCUGGGAGGCCUGCUUUGGCAAUGGGGGCAUGAGGAGGCUCAGAGAGCAGCAGCUUUGGAGGUGGAGUGUGACCCAGUUGGCCAAACAAAGGUGUUUGUUGGUUUCAUAGCUGCAUACAUAAUCUACACAUUUAAAAAGGUGGCUAGCUGGCUUGUUGGAGAUAGAGGUGGUCGUGGUGGUGUGCUUUAGGGGGGAGGUUCAGGCUUCAUGGACUAGCUUAGGAGACUAGUUAACCUAGCUAGUUCAGUAGCAGUGAACUGUGGAUGAGGAGGAGGAGGUGGUGGUGGUUAAAUGGUUGUCUGAGACUAGUUAGUUAAAGCUAAAGCUGAACUACUAGAGAGGUCUUUAACACCACAACCACAAGACCUCUAAGAACUGAAGACUGGAAAAGAAGGAAGACUGGAAGGAAGGAAGACCCCAGAACAAGCCAGGCGACCUGGAGGACGUCACGGUGGCCAACAUGAAACCUGACCGAGAAGUGGCGGAGGAGUUCUUCGAGUACGACGCUGAGGAGUUCCUGGUGUCCCUCACGCUCCUGAUCACUGAGGGACGAACACCAGAAUGUUCUGUGAAGGGUCGGACAGAGGGGCUUCACUGCCCACCCGCCCAGUCUGGCAUGCCCGUGCUGACCAAACACGAGUGCAGCGACAAACUGCCACAGUGUCGUCAGGCAAGGAGGACGAGGUCGGAGGUCAUGCUGCUGUGGCGGAAUCACAUCCCCAUCAUGAUCGAAGUGAUGCUGCUUCCUGACUGUUGCUAUAGCGAUGAGGGCCUGGCAACAGAUGGCACAGACCUGAACGACCCGGCGAUAAAGCAGGAUGCUCUGCUGCUGGAGAGAUGGACCCUGCAGCCUGUUCCCAGACAGAGUGGUGAUCGUUUUAUUGAGGAGAAAACUCUUCUACUGGCUGUUCGCUCCUACGUCUUUUUCUCGCAGCUGAGCGCCUGGCUCAGUGCCUCUCACGGCAUCGUCCCCAGAAACAUCCUUUACAGAAUAAGUGCAGCUGAUGAAGAGCUGAUAUGGAACUUCUCCCAGACCCCCUCUGAGCAUGCCUUCCCCGUACCCAAUGUGUCCCACAGUGUGGCUCUUAAGGUGCGGGUCCAGUCACUGCCCCGCCAGCCCAAAUACCCCGUUCUUAAAUGCAGCAUCCACUCUGGCCUGACCUUCUUGGGUAAGCGAACCUUCGACCCUGGAGAUGCAGCAUACCGUCGACUCGAGCCAGUCGGAGACCCUCCGAACCCUCUCCGUCUACAGGGAUCCCCUCUGUUCUGCAGAUCUCUACAUUCCCCACUGCCUACCCAAUGCAACAGUAACACCCCUCUUAAUCCUCAGAAAAGCAGCAGCCCCCUGAACCCCCGCAAAUGCCCCCAGCGCCCAGAGUCGCCCGUCCCACCCAACAAAGCUGUAAAGUGGCUGUACUCUCGAACCAGCAAUGGCUUGGGUGUGCCACCGUCAUCCGAAGUCUACAGCUCCUGCACUAAUGGGGCGGAAAGCCUGGCAAAGACAGAAUCGUCUCCCAUACGCGGAUUCAAAUCUCUCUCGCUCAUUGAUCCCUCUGGCUCUCCCAGCUCAAGUCCCCGCCCCACUUCAGGGGGUGAAACCAACCCUCUGAUUGGUUCUCUGCUUCAGGAAAGACAAGAAGUCAUUGCCCGCAUUGCUCAGAGGCUUAACUUCUGCGAUCCUACAGCGCCGCACCUGCCAGACGCUCUUUUCUCAGCACCUUGCGACCCGUUGGCACCCAAAACACCCUGGAACUCUUCUACCAGGGAUGAGGGGCUGUUCAAAAAGACCAAAGACCCAAGUAUCUCUUGCCCAAUCCCACAGACACAUGAAAGAACUGGUCCAGAGGACCCCGAGCACCUAGAGCCCCCGGGCUACCCAGAGAGGAGCCGGACUUCUCUCUUACGCACUCCGCUCAGUCCCAGGAGCCGAGCAAGGGCGGACCAGGCCGACUCGGCAGAGUCCGGGACCUCCAGGGCCAAACCCACAACCUGCCGGAGGCUGCUGUUGACUGAUCCGAAGGAAGGGUCUUUGAUAGCAGAAGCCGUGCAGGAUAUUUCACGGCUAAUCCAGGAGAGGCUCCAACAAUCCCAAGAGCUCCUGCACUCUACCUACAAGCUGUGCCAUGAGCCAUCGACCACCAAACCUUCCACAAACAACCAGAACCAAGGCCAGAACCUCCAGAGUCACCAGAAACAGAACAGCCAGAAGCAGAACUAUCAGCUAAGUGGCAGCAACACUGGCUGUGCUAGCCAAGCUAACGGCAUCGUCUUCCCACCCCAUCCCAAAUCCACCACAGAUGUUUCCAAUGGCGACUUGAGCACAGACCCUUACAUUUGCACAGAUGCCAGAAGAAGGAGUGAUUCUAGGUCUUCGAGUGCUGCCUGCUCCAAACCUGAAGAGCCUAUCAUUGUUAAAGCAAGAACGCUAAUGCAGACCAGUCACCAACAUGCACACAAUGCCAAAAAUGAGCCCUGGAACUCUUUCAUCAACACCACCAGCCCCAAGACCUCCCGUAGGUUCAAUGGGGCGAUCCGGGCUGAAGACUUCUGCGAGCCCCAGAGCAGACAGGAGGAAAUGCGUGGGAGAAGAGGAGAGAAGCAUAGCCAAGCCAAGUCCACCAUGUGUGGGCAAAAUGAAAAUCAGGACCCCUGGGCUUCUCUGUCCAGUACACCUACAAGCCUUACCCAACGAACCCCAAGCCCCGACUCAGCCCAUAGCAGCACCGCACACACCCCGCUGAGAAGCCCCGCCUCCCCACUGAAGCCAUGCAGUAAUUGGAAGAAGCAGAACAGGCACUCUAUCGACGGAACGGCAACCAAAGCCUUCCACCCGUGCACCGGCCUGCCCCUGCUCUCCAGCCCGGUUCCACAGAGGAAGAGCCAGACGGGUUACUUUGAUUUAGACACGUCUCUGCUGCGCUGCAAAGGAGUGCCAUGGGCUGCCAGCAAGAGAAUGUGUCUGAAGAAGACUGAAGAUGCAGAUGAACCUCAGCAGCUCUUGAGUGCCAGUGCCCCGCCCGCCAGUCUCAGCCUUCUGGGAAACUUUGAGGAGUGUGUUCUGAACUAUCGUUUGGAGCCGCUGGGCACAGUGGAAGGGUUCACUGCUGAGGUCGGCGCCAGUGGAAGUUUCUGCCCCAGUCACAUGACCUUCCCAGUGGAUGUGUCGUUCUACAGCGUCUCAGACGAUAACGCUCCUUCCCCGUACAUGGGUGUCAUAAACCUGGAGUCACUGGGUAAAAGGGGCUACCGUGUGCCUCCAUCAGGAACAAUUCAAGUGACCUUAUUCAACCCCAAUAAGACGGUGGUGAAGAUGUUUGUGGUGAUGUAUGACCUGAGGGAAAUGCCAUCCAGCCAUCAGACAUUCCUGAGGCAGAGGACCUUCUCCGUCCCCGUCAAACGUGAAUCCAACGGCCACAACAACAAGAAGCCCCUCACCUCGCUGGGACAGGGGCGGACCCUGCGCUACCUCAUUCACCUGAGGUUCCAGAGCUCCAAAUCUGGAAAGAUCUACCUCCAUCGGGACAUCCGGCUUCUGUUCUCACGCAAAUCCAUGGAAGUGGACAGUGGUGCUGCCUACGAACUCAAAUCCUUCACAGAGUCGCCAGCCGACCCCCCCUUCUCAGCCAGAUGCUAAUCCAAUCCCACAGUCCAUCUGAUCUGACCUAAUGUAAUCUCACUCCAGCGUAGGGGCCUUACUCAAUCACAAUCCCUCUUAUUUUUGCUUGUAAGGGAAAUUUAAAGAAAAAAAAGAUAGAUUUACUCCCACACACAAACACACACAUGCAGUCUAAUGGCCACAUUUCCUCUGAAGAUGAAUAAUAAAAUAAAAAGUGAAGAACAAGAAAAAAAGAACAAAACCUGCAUCAUCAGAUCAUCGGUGCUUCAUUGUCCCAGCGAUUUACAGCAGCGGACACUUUUCUCUCUCUUUUUUUUUUUUUUUUUUUUUUUUUUUUUUGACAAAUUUUGUUGCUGUUUUGAAGCUCGUUUUCAGAGCUUUGGUGCAGUUUUGCAAAGAGAGAAUAUACUGAAGUGAAAAAAAUACAACAACACGGACCAUUUUAUUUUCUAAUGACAAGAAGAAAUAAAUAAAUUACAAAAAAAAAAAAACAAGUGAAUCAACCCUGAAAGAAUAAAUGACUUUGGAUAGAGCACUGUGUACCUCCACCAGAACUGGAAAAGAAAUUAGUAAUAUUCUACUAUUUCUUUCUUUUUGUACUGUUACCGAACCACUUUAAUCGGAAGUGUUGCAAUAGAGAAAAGAAUCUUAACUAGCUUAGUGUUUACAUAUUUACUUUGUCAGUUAUUUAAUAUUUAAAUUGAUAUUUCAUUUACUGCACAUGUGACGCCUGUCGUGCUCAGCAUUAUGACGUAGUGCAAUAUGUUUCAAUCAUACUAUGUAUUUUUGACUUUAAUAUUCAGAUCUAAAAUAAAAGAAAUAUAUAUCUAUGAA